CUUGUAAGAGCUUCCGCUGGUGGAGUUUGAGUCGAAUGGUCUCUAAUAACGAUGCCCAGUGUCUAGUUUGACGAUUACCAAGCUUGGAAUUCGCCUCCCCUGUUCUCAAGCUGCAGCAGCAGCAGCAGCAGCAGCAGCAUUACUGUCAUGGCGACGAAAGGCAUCCUGAAGAACAGCCCGUCGGGGAGGGGCGGGAAGCCGCCUUUGGCGCCGCAGCAGCAGCAGCAGGCAUCGUCGGGGCCGACGGUGGUUUUCGGGCAGCGGACGGACUCGGGGCGGUUCAUCAGCUACUCGCGCGACGACCUCGACAGCGAGGUGAGCAGCGUGGACUACCAGCAGGACUACCACGUCCACAUCCCCAUGACCCCCGACAACCAGCCCUUCACGGACGACGGCCGCGCCGGCCCCCGCCUCGGCCCCUCCCUCUCCGCCAAGUCCGAGGACUCCUUCGUCUCCGACUCCCUCUUCACCGGCGGCUUCAACACCGCCACCCACGCCCGCGCGAUGGACAAGCCCGCCGACCCCUCCCGGGGCGCCGGCGCCGGCGCCAAGUCGACGUGCGCGGUCGACGGCUGCGACAACAAGUUGGCGCGGAACGCCCGCGGGGAGGAGGCGGUCCCCUGCGAAUGCGAUUUCAGGACAUGCGCCGACUGCUUCGCGGACGCGGCGAAGGCGGAAGGCGGGCUCUGCCCCGGGUGCAAGGAGCCGUACAAGACCACGGACUGGGAGGAGGUGGUGGCGGCCGGGUCGGGGAGCAUCGCUCGGGCGCUGUCCCUGCGGCCGGCGCCCCCGAGGGGGAAGGCGGAGAGGGGGCUGUCGCUGAUGCGGCAGACGACGAUGGGCCGGGGGCCCGGGGCCGGGGGCCGGGGCGGGGGCGGCGAAUUCGAUCAUAACCGGUGGCUGUUCGAGACGAAGGGGACGUACGGGUACGGGAACGCCAUGUGGCCGGAGGAUAAUGCGGACGAAGAAGGCGACGGCGACGGCGGCGGAGGGCACGGGCAUCCCCAGGAGCUGAUGAGCAAGCCGUGGCGGCCCCUCACGCGCAAACUCAAAAUCCCCGCAGCAGUAAUCAGUCCGUACAGGCUCCUGGUGUUCGUGCGCAUGGCGGCGCUGGCGUUGUUUCUCGCAUGGCGCAUAACGCACAAGAACGAGGACGCGGUUUGGCUGUGGGGGAUGUCCAUCGUGUGCGAGCUGUGGUUCGCCUUCUCCUGGCUGCUGGACCAGCUCCCCAAACUCUGCCCCGUCAACCGCGCCGCCGACCUCGCCGUGCUCAAGGAGAAGUUCGAGACCCCGCGCCCCAACAACCCCACCGGCAAGUCCGACCUCCCCGGCAUCGACGUCUUCGUCUCCACCGCCGACCCCGACAAGGAGCCCGUCCUCGUCACCGCCAACACCGUCCUCUCCAUCCUCGCCGCCGACUACCCCGUCGAGAAGCUCGCUUGCUACCUCUCCGACGACGGCGGCGCCCUCCUCACUUUCGAGGCCAUGGCCGAGGCCGCCAACUUCGCCGACCUCUGGGUCCCCUUCUGCCGGAAGCACCGCAUCGAGCCGCGGAACCCCGAGAGCUACUUCAGCCUCAAAAGAGACCCUUACAGGAACAAGGUGAAGCAGGACUUCGUCAAGGACCGGAGGAGGAUCAAGCGCGAGUACGACGAGUUCAAGGUGCGGAUCAACGGCCUUCCGGAGGCCAUACGGAGCCGCUCGGACGCGCUCCACGCGCGGGAGGAGAUCCAGCAGGCCAAGGCCGGAGGGGACGAGCCCGUCAAGAUCCCCAAGGCCACGUGGAUGGCGGACGCCACGCACUGGCCCGGGACGUGGCUCCACCCAUCGCCGGACCAUACUCGCACCGAUCACGCCGGGAUCAUACAGGUAAUGCUGAAGCCACCGAGCGACGCGCCGAUGUACGGGAGCAGCGGCGAGAAGUCGCCGAUGGACUUGGGAGAGGUGGACGUGCGGCUGCCGAUGCUGGUGUACGUGUCGCGAGAGAAGCGGCCGGGCUACGACCACAACAAGAAGGCGGGGGCGAUGAAUGCGCUAGUCCGCGCCUCCGCCAUCAUGUCGAACGGCCCCUUCAUUCUCAACUUGGACUGCGACCACUACGUGUACAACUCCCAAGCCCUGCGCGAGGGAAUGUGCUUCAUGAUGGACCGCGGCGGCGACCGCAUUUGCUACGUCCAGUUCCCGCAGCGUUUCGAGGGCAUCGACCCCUCCGACCGCUACGCCAACCACAACACCGUCUUCUUCGACGUCAACAUGCGCGCGCUCGACGGCCUCCAGGGACCUGUCUACGUCGGCACCGGCUGCCUCUUUCGCCGCGUCGCGCUCUACGGGUUCGACCCCCCUCGCGCGAAGGAGCACCGCCCCUCCUUCUGCGGCUGCUGCCUCCCGCGGCGCCGUCGCCCCGCGAAGAGAAUCUCGGAGGAGACCCGCGCGCUCCGCACGGGAGAUACGGAGGAGGAGGAGGCGGAGGAGGAGAUGAGCCGGCUGGCGUCGUUCCCGAAGAAGUUCGGGAACUCGAGCUUCCUGAUGGACUCCAUCCCCGUGGCGGAGUUCCAGGGCCGGCCGCUGGCCGACCACCCGUCGGUGAAGAACGGGCGGCCCGUAGGCGCGCUGACGGUCCCCCGCGAGGUGCUGGACGCGUCGGUGGUGGCGGAGGCGAUCAGCGUGGUGUCGUGCUGGUACGAGGAGAAGACGGAGUGGGGCCGGCGCGUGGGGUGGAUCUACGGGUCGGUGACGGAGGACGUGGUGACCGGGUACCGCAUGCACAACCGGGGGUGGCGGUCGGUGUACUGCGUGACGCAGCAGCGCGACGCCUUCCGCGGGACGGCGCCCAUCAACCUGACGGACCGGCUGCACCAGGUGCUGCGGUGGGCGACGGGGUCCGUGGAGAUCUUCUUCUCGCGGAACAACGCGCUGUUCGCCAGCCCCAGGAUGAAGGCGCUGCAGCGGGUCGCCUACCUGAACGUGGGCAUCUACCCCUUCACGUCCGUCUUCCUCGUCGUCUACUGCUUCCUGCCGGCGCUCUCGCUCUUCUCGGGGCAGUUCAUCGUGCAGACGCUCAACGUCGCCUUCCUGGCGUACCUGCUGGUCAUCACGCUGACGCUGUGCCUGCUGGCGCUGCUGGAGGUGAGGUGGUCCGGGAUCGAGCUCGAGGAGUGGUGGCGGAACGAGCAGUUCUGGCUCAUCGGCGGGACCAGCGCCCACCUCGCGGCGGUGCUGCAGGGCCUGCUGAAGGUGGUGGCCGGGAUAGAGAUCUCCUUCACGCUCACGUCCAAGUCGGCCGGGGACGACGUCGACGACGAGUUCGCGGAGCUCUACGCGGUGCGGUGGACGUGGCUGAUGGUCCCGCCGCUGGCCAUCAUCAUGGUCAACCUGAUCGCCAUAUGCGUGGGGUUCAGCCGCACCGUCUACAGCGUGAUCCCGCAGUGGACCAAGCUGCUGGGCGGGGUGUUCUUCAGCUUCUGGGUGCUGGCGCACCUCUACCCCUUCGCCAAGGGCCUCAUGGGCCGGAGGGGCCGAACUCCCACCGUCGUCUACGUCUGGUCCGGCCUCGUCGCCAUCACCAUCUCCCUCCUCUGGGUCGCCAUCAAGCCCCCCUCCGCCAAUUCCUCCUCCCAGUCCCAGAUCGGCGGCUCUUUCUCCCUCCCUUGAUCCUUUCCUUCAUGUGUUAGUACUACUAUACGUCACAUCAAUAUUACACACACACACUCACAGGCGCGCACACACACACACUCUCUCUCUCUCUCUCUCUCUCUCUCUCUCGCUCUUACAGUACAGAAGAAGAAGAAGAAGAAGAAGAAGAAGAAGAAGAAGGGCCAUUAUGGGUUGGUUAGUUUCGUUUGCUCAAUCCUGAUUCAUUCAACACAAUUUAAGAUGGGGAAUUUUUCGCUUCUUUAAUUUUUUAAAAUUUUUUUUUGUUCUUAAUUUUAGCUAUUGAAUUGGGUUUUACUGCAGAGCUAAAAAGCUUAGAAUAGUGUUGCUUACUACGCCGUUUGCUAGCUCUUUAAUUAGGGUGGAUUAAUUACAGAUUGUAGAAGUUACCGAUGUGUGUAAUUUGCAACAACUAUAGCAAAGUUGAAUUGAAUUUCGCGUUGUUUUA